AUGUCACGGCAGUCACCCAAAAACCAGUGUACACCCAACGUUUCAACCUCCUGGGCAGAUCCAAAGUCGAAAGGCGCUUUCAGCCUAACGUCGGUCUUUGAUCUGUUGAGAUACAGUCGCUUUACGUCUCGGAGUACCCACCAUUUGCAUUUGACAAAAACAUUGAAACCGCUUUCGUCGAAUCUCGGGCCCUUGAAAGUCAAAGUUCCGCCACUUCGAAGAAAAGCAUCUUCAAUUUCCUACAUCUCCUCGAGAAUCAGUAUGACGCCGAAUCCACCAGGUAGGAUUCGUUCCGGCCUUUAUCCGCCAUCAUCCACAUCGGCAGUUACGGUACAAUAUUUGAAUGACCGGGCCCUUACAUUUGCAUCUGAGUGGUAUUUCAAACCCGAGGGUGUCAAGCUGGUGAAGGAGAGAUUUGAGGGGGAAUUGGGAAAGCGAAGAAUCGAUGCUGUUCAUGGAUGGAACGACGAAGACCAAACUUUCAUCAUCCGUUGCCAUCCGAAAGAUGUCAAUCGUGUUUGGCCGUUGUUCUACAUGGUAGUAGCCACGAUCAUCAAAGAUGAAACUGGCGAAGAGGAAGACGAUGAUAACAGCCAGGCAUCGUGGACUGCGGCCUACGAGGAAGAUCCACCUCUCCAGAGUGCUUUGAUUGAGCGGCUCCAAGAUUAUCGCAAGAGAACCGGACAGGAUGAGACGUUAAACGAAAACGACACACAACCACAUCCAUCAGAAGCUGAGACUGAUCCGAACGGUCUCUCCCCAGAAGAGAUUAGGUACUUCCAGUCGAAAACCAUCUGGCCGCAGAACAUGGACCCGGACUUGACCUUGACAUUGAAUCUGGAAGAGGUUGUAUCGAGCAAUGACAUCAAGGAGAUCGAGACUCUGACUGGCUGUCGAUUAGUCAAGGUCUUAAAUGAGCGCAAGAUUUACAUUGGGGGCCAUUCCAAAAAGAAAUGCACUCUGGCGCUUGGUAAGCUGGAUAUCCUUCACAAGUAUCAAUUGAUGGCGCCAUACAAGAAGCACAUCUUCUACAGCGAAGGCAAGGAAGACUUCAAACUCAUCCUUAGGCCAAUCGUGGACGUCCAAAAGUUUUACUUCCAGACAACCUUACUUGAGCUUCUGCAAAUCAGUCCCAAAUGCAACUAUCGAAAUCUCCCCGAAGUCACCACGGUUCGCAUCGCACCUUAUAAUCAUGCAAGAUGCUUAUAUGCUUCGAGUAAAACAGUGAAGGUCACUGCUGCAGUCAAGCCCGAGAGUAAGGACCGUGGCCUUGUAGAAUGGAUCGACUUCAAGUACAGUGGAAAGGACGCACCGCCAGAGUACCUUCGGGAUCUGGGUUCAGUCAUACAAACGCAGGCAGGUCUUCCAGUGCCAAUGCAGAGUGCCCCAGCAGUGCAGCGCGCCCCUGUACAAUCGAUCGUUAUCAGGGAUUACAAAGAUGCCGUUAUCGAACAAUGGACCAAGGAUGUUUCUUCGUCAACCAUUCAGCCAGGGAUUGGCCGUUCCGGUGCAUUUGCUGCCAACUCUGGAUCUAGAAACAACAAUGAGACCAAGCCAACCUGGGAUAUCUACAAGCCCUUUGGCGACACCCCCGUUUUACGAAGUGAAGCCAAAGUUAAACAGGUCGGCAACGGAUUGGCGAAAGGUCUGGCCAACAUGAGAAUGGCCAUAUCUGCUCGAGAUUCGGCAGCACUACCUUCAAGUACUGCACAAUCGUUGGUGCCACAACAGUUUGUUCAGAGUCGGCGAUCUACUCCUCCCGCGAACAGCCCACCCUGGACCGCUUCUCAGCAGACUAGACAACAAACGACCAUUACCUCUACCGCACAGCCAGUCACUAACCAAUCGCCUACACAAAGCUUCGUGUCACCAACCAGGGCAGUUUCGCCGGCAGAAUCUUCCAAUGGACUUCCAGCGUCUCCAAAUGUCCAGCCUGCUGCGGCGAGGCCUGUAUCUCGGGCAUCUGUACACAACAAUGCUGAUAUUGACAGCUUUUGCUACCGACAGCCGGAACACAGUCUCCUUGAUGAUGAAAUCUCCGUGACAGACUUCACAGAUCCUAUCAUGCAGCCAUUGGGGUGGGAAGGUCAUACAACAGAAUCACAACAUGCUCCUCAUUCUCGAGUGGAGAGUUUACAGCUUUUGAGCGAGGUUGAGACACGCACAUUCCACAACGCCAUGAACCAACGAGCUCCGAAGCCGAAGUCGAACCCAUACACCGGAAGACUACCAGGACCAGACCCUGUGAAGGCAGCUCCGUCUACUGCGAACGGCAUAUCGGUGAUCGAUCCCCUUCCAGCGUUUGUCCAAGAACUCGAGGAAAGCUUUCAAGAUAUGAUGAAGCCUACCCAGGGUUUCAGAGGAAAAUUACAAGUGCAGGCCGAAUUUGGUCGCAUUUUGUUGAACUCGAUUCACAAGAAACACGUCACGUCAAAAGACUCCACCGACAAUCUUAAAGGCUCCGAGUCACUUCAGAAGCUAUUGGACAGUGCGGACUUCACGACCUUCACGAAUGUCCUGACCACUUCUCCUGGAGAAAUGCCUUUCAUACUGAACCUGAGCGAUUGCAACGGCAAGGAGCGUUGGGACAAGGGUAGCAAAGAUUGGGCCGCAGAGUACGAGUUUUGUUUUAUUGACAAUCUUGCUGCUGCUCACCAGAACCCACGUUUCAGAGUUGUAAUCGAUGCCGAAACCUUCGUUACGCAAAUCAAGAGAUACCGCCCACUCGGCAGCAUCUAUGUUCACGGAGUUACUAGACAUUGGGACUUUCAACUCACUGCUACUGGCGUCGAGAGUGGUCGCGGUCUUAGAGAGAAAUAUGGCGAACUCGCCACUGCUGUUGAGUCAUCCCUGCAUAUUCCUGGAGAAUCCACAACACCAAUCCUUUUCUUCAAGCUAGAUGAACCAAUGUCAAAGCGUUUCGAGCUUGCCGCAGUUCGAGUUUAUCGCAUUCGCCGCUACAAGAGCAAUGACUCAAGGUCCAUUUUGAAGGUCGCAGAGCUGCACUCACUCGAUGUUCACAUGACGUUUGAUCCCAAGAAGUCGUCGACGUUUUUCAAAUUGUCGCCAAGCCCAUCAGACCGCAAGCCUUGUGAGAAGCCAGGAUUGGGACAUUGGUACGAGGUCAGCAUCUCCAGUGCUCAACUCGAUAGCCUAUUGGAGCAGAAUGAGAACCUCGAAUUUGGUGAAGAGGGUCGAUGGACUCCCGAAGGACUUUCCAGGCUCGGGUACGCAAAGUCAAUCUAUCUUCCUGCCCUUGAUAUGCUCAAGAAGAUGGAUGGUAUUGGCCAGUACAACAACAACGGUGUCAAUGUUAGAUCUGGUACCAGUACAACGGCAAGUCAGGCCACUCAAAAGCCAAAGGACGAAUUCUGGUAGACUUUACGUGCUCAUCCAAGCUAGCUGCUGAAUCCGAGCGGGAAACGAAUUUGGUUCGAUGUUGCUUUCAAAUUAUUCCACAUCUUCGUGGAUAUUGUUAGAUUAUGAGGAGCCCAAAUGUUCCUAGCAUUGUUGGACAUUGUCAGAUUAUGACAAUUCGAGGGUGUUCAGCUGGGAGAUUCUCUUACUCCUAAGAAUUGCCACGAUUUAUAUCUCUGUCUCCGUUCUCCGUUUCCGGACGCCGAGACUCUUGUAAAGUAGCAAAUUGAUCUUACUGUAGG